CGGUUUAUGGAGGUGAGUUACGUUCAGGCGAUUGUCAGAUAGUCCAUCAGCUGACUUUUGUUUGAUUAACUUGCCGUCGCUAUGUAUAAACAUAUAUUUCGCUUGAAUUAACCUAAUACAAGGCAAACUGUGAAAGUAUCGGAAAGCGUCUGAAAACGCUAAAGUGACUAUUAUUGUGCGGGAACUGUGAGAAAAGCAUCAAGAAAUAAUAGGCCGCGAAAUGUCGGUUUCAUCACUCUAAAUUGCAAAAUUUACAUCAAAGUUUCGACAAUAGCACAUUUUGCAAUACAGUGAGACGGUAGUAGAGCGAUUGAAGGCAAUAAGAUUAAUUGUAGAGCUUAAUCUACGAAACGUGUAUUGAGAAACAAUGAAAGCGAUCAGUUGAUUAUUAGUUGCUUUCAGUGUGCUCUGUGAUAAUAUCGCUGAAUAAUCUAAUAAGAAUUGAAGGAAGAGUUGUGAUACACGUAAAAAAAUUAUCUAUUAGUUUGUGAGCGUGCGUGUGUUGCCUGAGCAAGAAAGUGUUCGGUUUAUGAAGUACGCGUGUGCGAAUGCUAUUUAUGCGCUCGGGGCAUUGUGAUGCUGCCUUAGAAGCCUAUAUUUAUGUAUUAAUUGUUUAUCAAUUGAUAACGAGCUAAAAUAUUUGUUUACAUGUGUCCUUCCAGUUGGUAAAAACUGGCUCUUUCCGUAAAUUGGAAAAGCGAGCGAGGCGAUCGCUUCAUCUAGCACCUGCGCAUACAAAUGUAGAUUCAUACAUACAUAUAUUUCAGUGAAUUUUGUUUAUAUUUUGAUGACGUUGGCUUGCGGUAGCACUGGCGUCGUUCACAUUACACGCCGUUCCGAUUAGACUGCGAUAUUCAAUGUACUACUGCUCUUGAUUUUGUUUACCUACAUUUGUUUUGUUUUUGUGUUAUAUCAGAGAAUGUUUGAGAUCGGCCUCAUGCUAUGAAAAUUCAAGAUUCAAUGUUUUCAACGUCCAAUACGAAAAUAAAGCUGCCCAGUGACUCCACUGCUCCCACUUUGCGUUGCCUGUUAAAUGGACCACUGAAUUUGACCAACGCUGAACAUCGCAUAACUCCGGUGCACGAUGUUGUUUUCCUCGAUGAGGUGGAUCCGGACAUAAUCCCCCUCAAUUAUCGUCCAAUACCAACAUCUCCAGAGGCAACAUCAUCUGAAACGGAGAAUGGAUUUAAUGGCACUAACGGAUUGGACAUCACCGGCAAUGGCGAAGCACUCCUUAAAGAUGACCGUUCCAGAAAAGAUCCUAAUCAAAAUACCACUUGCUUUAACCUCAAGUAAGAAAAGAUGCGCUCAUCGCAAAUAAUAGCGAGAAACCGGUACGCUCUCUAGUAACUAAAAAUAGCGCACUAAGUGAAAUUGGAUGCAUAAAUAUAUAGAUGUAUGUCAUACGCAACAAGUGGAAAACGGCCGGCUAGCGAUGAUGGAAAAGAGAAGCAAGAGAAAGCGCAAUCACCUCGUAAAUAGGAAACAGCUUGUAAUAUUCAUGGAGAGAGGUGCAUGUGAAUGCAAAAACAAUAAACUUGGAGAACAAUUAAUUGAACGAUCAUAAAUUGGCAGAGUAUUGCAGCCUGCUGAGCGCAAAGCCAGUUGCCAGCCCAUAGCUGGAGAAAGCGUGUGCUGCAAAAAAGUUGAUGUGAAGAGAAUGUAGCAAUAGUCAUUGGAAGAGUAGUGAAAAGCAAGAGAUAUGCGAUUUAGUUCUCUAAAUUAUGCAAGCAGUUUGCUGUUGCUUUUCUCCACCGCGUGUGCCAAGUGAGGCGUCGAAAUAGAAAUAGACUCGCUGAAAUAUCCACAUAUACGAACGCACCGAUAUAUGUAUGUCUUUAAUGGAAGUUUAUGUGAAUGAAAAGCGAAACAACGGAAUGGACACGAACGCCCAACUGCCUUCGAUAGCUCAGUUGGUAGAGCGGUGGACUGUAGUCAGAAUUAGCUUGCAUCAACAAUAAUAACGUUGGCGCGGCGAUCAAUGCACAGGUCGCUGCAAUGCAGACAUCCAUAGGUCGCUGGUUCAAAUCCGGCUCGAAGGAGAACUUUUAGUUUUUUUUUUACCAUUUAGAAAUUGUGACAGUUCGAUUGUUAAUUCAGUUAUAGUAGAUCUGGUUGCCCUAUAAAUAAUUAAAAUAUUUAAUUAAUUUAUUGUUAAAGUAAUGACGCAUUUAACGCUUUCCAACGAAUUAAAAAUUGAUCGGCUAUUGCGGGCUUACCACAGUUAGUACAGAGAAGUUAAGCUUGAAUUUGUAUAUUGGUACAUGCUUAUGUAUGUAUGUAUGUAUGUAUGCAUUAGUGACUAUGCAUAUACAUAUAUUCGCGGUUUUACAUAUAAUCAUAACGCCUGCCAGAACUUUUGCAUUAAAAAAUAUUUUACUCGCGCUUACAAAUUAUAAAUUAAAUAUGUUUGUAUGCAUGUAUGACUUGUACAUUCAAUUAAUGAACUUUUGUUGUUGCGGUUUUGCUGUCUAAAUGAAAAUUAAUGCAAUUAAAUGGCAUACACACACUCUAGCGUUUUAUUAAUUGACGCGGCAACUUUUUAUUAAAUUAACUUAAUGAUUUUGCGGAAAAUUUUUUUUCGAUUUCCUUUUCUAAAAUAA